GUCCAGAAAACCAAAUCCUGCUUUAUGGGACUGGCCAGUGCUCUCUUUACUGACACCUUAACUGUGGACAAGCCCGGAGCAAAGAAAUAUUUCCAAAACCAAGGAGGCAUGUUCCUGUCUACAAUAAUGAAUAAGUUAGGAUGUGUGAUUCUCCUUCGUCCAGAGAUUGAAGAGGAAGAAGAAGAAGAAGUAGAGAAUUAUGGAGGAGAAACUACCCUGUGCAGAGUGCAGACCAACAGCGGAGUACUGAUUUCUGUCAGUAAGGUGGACAUCUGCAGCUUUGGUGUGGACGCUGUGGUCAAUGCAGCUAAUGAGGACUUAGACCACAUUGGUGGCCUGGCUUUGGCACUGCUAAAGGCUGCAGGACCACAGCUGCAGAGAGAAAGCAGCGACUACGUUGCUAAAAAUGGACGUCUACGUCCUGGUGACGCCAUCAUAACAGAUGCAUACAACCUGCCUUGCAAACAUGUUGUCCAUGCAGUUGGUCCACGAUUCUCUGAAUUUGACAAGAAGACGUCAGUGUCACGCCUGAAGACUGCCGUUAGAGAAAGUCUGAGACAAGCAGAGAUGGCCAACUGCUCCAGCAUUGCACUGCCAGCGAUCAGCUCGGGCAUCUUUGGUUUCCCUGUUGACCUCUGUGCUGAGACCAUAGCCCAGGCAGUUCGGGAGCACUGUGACAGCCCACAAGGUCUGAGAUCAUUAACUGAGAUUCACCUGGUGGACAACAACGAUACGACCGUCAGAGUCAUGGCCACAGCUGUGAGCAAGGAGUUCUCUGACCUCGGACCUACCAUGACCAUCCCACAGCAAGCAGGCGGGAAACGAACAGGAGCUUCAGGUGGAUAUCACCAAGGUCAAGGCAAACAAGGUCAGAGCCAGUCACAUGGUGCCAGCUGGUCUGAAACAGGAGGAAGAGGAGGAGGACGAGGAGGAGGAAGAGGACGAGGACGAGGAGGAGGACAAGGAGGAAGAGGUGAAUCUUGGGGAAAUCAUCAGGGUAACAGGGGAGGCCAAAGUCCCAAGCAACACACCAGCCACGGAGAGCACGGAGGGUUGGAGCAGACCACGGCUGAGGGAUUGAAGAUCAUUCUGUGCAGGGGAAACAUUGAGGACCAGACUACUGAUGUCAUCGUCAACACCAUCUCAGAGGACAUGAAUCUGAGGCAGGGAGCUGUGUCCAAAGCCAUCCUGUCAGCGGCUGGAGGCAGUCUGCAGGACGCCAUCUACUCUGAAGCCAGAAGGGACACACUGCGAGACGGGGAAGUCGUCAUCACUGACGGCUACAACCUCACAUGUCUCAAAGUCUUUCAUGCUGUUUGUCCAUCCUGGGACAACGCAGGUGGCCAGGCAGAGAAGUUAACGUCCAUCGUCAGAUACUGUCUGGUGGAGGCUGAGAAACGUCAGAUGGCAUCGUUGUCCUUCCCAGCCAUCGGGACAGGACACCUGAGCUUCCCCAGAGCCCUGGUGUCCAAACUCCUGCUGAGAGAGAUCCGCUCGUACAGCAGCAGCAGAAAUCCUCGCUGUCUGAGAGAGGUGGUCAUCGUCGUUCACCCCAGUGACAGCCAAACCGUGGAUUGUUUCUCCAGGGAGUUCACUGGUCAGGGUGCUGCAAGGAACAUGCAGCAUGAAGCACGUGAUUUUAGUGAGUUACCAGGCAAGUUACCAGCUCAUCAAUCCGCCAGCCAAUCACAACACUCCUCAGCCUCCUUCGGUCCAGUCCUGUCCACCUCCCUCGGUGUGUACCAGAUGCAGAUGGGUCAGCUCACCCUUGAGGUGUCAUCUGGUGACAUCACCAAAGACAUGAGUGAUGUCAUUGUCAACUCCUCGAAUAAAACCUUUAACCUUAAAGCAGGAGUCUCCAGGGCGAUCUUGGAAGGCGCUGGAAUAGCAGUUGAGCUGGAGUGUGCUCAGAUUGUGUGUUCCGUGGGUCAGCCUCAUGAAUUGAUCCUGACAUCAGCCAGGCACCUGCCCAGCGGGGACAUCAUUCACGUCAUCGGCCAGAACGACCCUGAAAACAUUAAAGACAUGGUUUACUCGGUGCUGAAGGUCUGUGAGGAGAACAAGUUCAGCUCUGUGGCCUUCCCAGCCCUGGGAACAGGUCAGGGAGGGGUCAGCCCUUCAGCGGUGGCUGAUGCCAUGGUGGAUGCAGUGGUGGAGUUUGUGAGGAAGAAACAGCCGAGGUUUGUUCAGAGUGUGAAGAUCCUGAUCUUCCAGACGGUCAUGCUGAACCACUUCCACAUGAGCAUGAAGAAGAGACAGGGAGAGACGGUGGAGGAGAAGAGUGUCUUUGACAAAUUCAAAGCAAAAAUUCGUCAAGUCGCUUCAGUUCUGGGAUUCGGGUCAGAAGAGUCCAGCCCUGUUGACUUAGUUCUGGAGAGGGAAGAGUUUGAGCCCACAGUGUUUCAGCUGUGUGCCGACGACAACAAGGCUCUGAGUCAAGCCAAGAAAAGGAUUAAUGACCUGAUUGUUGCCGAGCAGGCACAGAAAACCAUCUCUGACCCGUUCAUUAGUCAGCUGUCACAGGCUGACAUGGAGGAGCUGAAGGCUCUGCAGAGGAAACUGACGGUCAGCAUCCGUCUGGACAAAGGAGCAGAGGACCAGGACCCCGAGAUCCACCUGGAGGGUCUGACCAGAGACGUGUUCACUGCUGAGUCUGCAGUCAGGGACAUCAUCCGAAAGGUGGAGAGGGCGGAGAACUCAAAGAGACAGGCUUUGUUAGUGAGUAGCCUGGUAGAGUGGCAGUUUAUAGACCGCAGUGGCUCAAUGGUGCCGUUUGAUAUUUACACCAACCUCAAACUGGAGGAGGCGCUAGAGAAGAAACAAAAGGUGAAGAUCAAGAUCAAUGAUGAAACGUACACCGCUGAUCCAGGACUUAGAAAAGCAGUUACAGCAAAGAGGCGUAAUGUAGAGCUUCUUCGGAAAGACCUUAAAGAUGACAGCGCUCUGCCUUCUUGCUGGGAGGACAUGAAAGGAGACCUUGUGAAGUUGUUUGCUCUGACUCCAGGAGCUCAGGAAUACGACGACGUGGAGCAGGAACUGACAAAGACCGGACUUUAUCUUAACAUCAUCAGUAUUGAACGUGUGCAAAAUCCAGCACUGUGGCAGAACUACCAGAUCCUGAAGAAACAAAUGGAGACAAAGAAUAAACACACAAACAACGAACGGCUUCUGUUUCACGGCACCACUGACACCUCCAUCCAUCUGAUCAACAGCAAAAGCUUCAACCGCAGCUACGCAGAAAAACAUGGUGCGAUGUACGGCAAUGGCUCUUACUUUGCUGUGGACCCUAGCUAUUCAGCAGGGAACUACGCCACGCCCGACACCAAUGGACACAAGCGAAUGUACCAGGCCAGAGUUCUAGUUGGAGACUACGCCCAAGGACGAAAAGGCAUGAUCACCCCUCCCCCCAAAUCUGGGAGUGCCUCAGACCUGUAUGACAGCGUCACAAAUAACACUGCUAAACCAACCAUGUUUGUGGUCUUCAAGGAUAUCCAGGCCUACCCAGAAUACCUAAUUACAUUUACAUGAAGUGCCAUACUCCCACUGUGCAACACGUCUCAGGAAAAAAAAUGACCUGUAAUAUAUGUUGAGUUCAAAUUCAGUCAGCAAAAAAACAUUUCAAAUAAUAUAAAAAGACUCUUUGAAAAGGCCUUUGCUAUUCUAGUUUAUCCUCUUUCAGAUUUCACAUUGUAUUUUAAAUCUGUUCAAAGGGUUUUUAAAGAAACAUUAAAGUAGCACUCCAACAAAUU